CUGACUGACAAUUGUUUACUGUGGAGAAUUGUGUUCUUUGGGCGGAUUUAUUGCCAUUGAUCGAUUGAUUGAUUGACUGACUGGAUUAUUUCGAUUUGCGAAGCGGCUUUCAUUUUUUAUCGAAGAAAACCAACCUACUUCUAUAACAUCACCACUAUGACCAAGUUGUUCUCUCCCAUCCAGGUCGGGCGCUCGCCCCUGGCCCAUCGUAUCGCCAUGGCCCCCAUGACUCGAUUCCGCGCCGACGAGAACCACGUCCCUCUCCCCAUGGUUGCGGACCACUACGAACAACGCGCCGCGGUUCCCGGUACUCUUCUCAUCAGCGAGGGAACCCUCGUCUCGCCCCGCGCUGGUAGCUACCGCCAUGUUCCUGGCAUCUGGAGCGAGGCGCAGAUCGCAGGCUGGCGCAAGGUGACGGAUGCGGUCCACAAGAAGGGCUCCUACAUCUACAUGCAGCUCUGGGGCCUGGGACGGGCGGCAGAUCCCCAGGCUCUGAAGGAGGAGGGAGGCCAUGACCUCGUGUCUAGCAGCCCUGUUGCUCUGAAAGGUGGCGCCGUGCCUCGUGAACUGAGCGAGGAGGAGAUCUACGCUUUCGUUGGCGAUUAUGCGCAGGCCGCCAAGAACGCCAUCGAGGCUGGAUUCGACGGUGUGGAGAUCCACGGUGCCAAUGGGUACUUGAUUGAUCAGUUCAUCCAGGAUGUUGUCAACAAGCGCACGGAUGCCUGGGGUGGUAGCGUCGAGAACCGCGCCAGAUUCGCCUUGGAAGUCAUCCGCGCUGUGGUCGAUGCUGUUGGUGCGGACAGGACUGCUAUCCGGUACAGCCCUUUCAGCACGUUCCAGAACAUGGGCAUGGAGGACCCGAGACCCCAGUUCUCCUACCUGGCGAAGAAGACCGCCGAGUUCAAGCUGGCCUAUGUGCACAUCGUUGAGGCGCGCAUCGCCGGCAACGCGGACGGGGAGCCCUCGCCGCACGACACGCUGGACUUCUUCGUUUCGGCGUACGGCAACGCCGGCCCUAUCAUCGUCGCUGGUGGUUACAAGGGCGAGUCAGCCAAGCACGCCGUCGACUCGCAAUAUAAGGACCACGACGUGAUCAUUGCUAUUGGUCGUCCCUGGACCUCGAACCCCGAACUUCCUUUCAAGAUCCAGCACAACAUCCCUCUCCGCCCGUACCAGAGAGAUAUGUUCUACCUGCCCAAGGAUCCUAAGGGUUACAUCGACUAUGAGUUCAGCGAGGAGUUCAAGACCGCGCAGGUUGCUGCUUAAUUGGUGACAUGUGUCUUUUCCUGAUGUUUUUUCUAUUGUGUUGGGCGUUGUGAUUGCAUAGCAUACUCUGAUAGAUUUGGUUGAUACCAUGUUUUCCAAUUAGAAUAGAUCUUGAUUUGAUGAUCUUACCCAGUAUCAAUGCUUGUACUGUACAUAUGGUUAGAAAC